CAGGAGCGCAGCCGCCGCCGCGUCCUCAGCCUUGCGCUCCGCCCGCUGCCUCUGCCGCCUCAGCCCGGCCCCGGAGCGCUGAGCCGGGGACACCGGCCUCUCAGCCUGCCCGCCCUUCGGCCACAGCCAGCAUGCGGGGCCGCUGAGAGUGAGCUUCUCUCUCCUCUGGUACCUCCCCCGGCCACUGGUCACUGGACUCUGGCCAGCGAGCCUCGGCCACCUCUGGCUCGCAGUCCGGCGCCUGGCACGGCCCUCGGCUCUGCCCCUCCGGCUCUGAGCAUCGUGUCCCCGCCCCCCCCCGCCCGCGCCUGGGACACCUGGGUCCCCCGGCGGCCCCUAGGAGAGGGGCGGGGGGGGGGCAUGAAGCCACUGGAGAAAUUCUUGAAGAAGCAGACGUCGCAGCUGGCGGGUCGAGCGGUGGCAGGAGGUCCCGGCGGGGGUCCGGGUUGCUGCGGAGGGCCUGGAGGGAGUGGGGGCCCUGGCGGAGGCGGCGGUUCGGCCGGGGGACCGCGACCGCUGCAGCGGCGUCAGAGCGUGUCUCGCCUGCUGUUCCCAGCUUUCCUCCGAGAGCCCUCAGUCGAGCCCGGGCUGGAGCCGCCCGGUGAGGAAGAAGGGGGAGAGCCAUUAGGGGUCUCAGAGGAGCCGGGCAACGGGGGGCCCUGUUGGCUGCAGCUAGAAGAGGUGCCAGGGCCAGGGCCGCUGGGGUGCGGAGUACCCCUGCGCUCUCCUUCUUCGUACUCCUCAGAUGAGCUAUCCCCCGGCGAGCCCCUGGCUUCACCUCCCUGGGCCCCCCUGGGCGCCCCCGAGCGGCCAGAGCAUCUUCUGAAGCGGGUUCUGGAGCGCCUGGCUGGAGGGACUACCAGGGACAGCGGCGCCUCAGAUAUUCUGCUUGAUGACAUUGUCCUCACCCAUUCCCUCUUCCUGCCAACAGAAAAGUUUCUACAAGAGUUGCACCAGUACUUUGUUCAGUCAAGGAAUGUGGAGGGUCCAGAGGGGCUGGGCCGGAAGCAAGCCUGUCUAGCUCUGCUCCUCCAUUUCUUGGACACCUACCAAGGACUACUGCAAGAGGAAGAAGGGGCCGGCCACAUUAUCAAGGAACUGUAUCUACUAAUUAUGAAGGAUGAGUCCCUUUACCAAGACCUCCGAGAGGACACUCUGAGGCUGCACCAGCUGGUGGAGACGGUGGAGCUAAAGAUUCCAGAGGAGAGCCAGCCACCCAGCAAGCAGGUUAAGCCACUCUUCCGCCACUUCCGCCGGAUAGAUUCCUGUCUGCAGACCCGAGUGGCAUUCCGGGGCUCAGAUGAGAUCUUCUGCCGAGUCUACAUGCCUGACCACUCUUACGUGACCAUUCGCAGCCGCCUCUCAGCAUCGGUGCAGGACAUUCUGGGCUCUGUGACAGAGAAGCUGCAGUACUCAGAAGAGCCUGCAGAGCGUGAGGAUGCUCUCAUCCUGGUAGCUGUUGCCUCCUCUGGAGAGAAGGUCCUCCUCCAGCCAACAGAGGACUGUGUUUUCACCACGCUGGGCAUCAACAGCCACCUAUUUGCCUGUACCCGGGACAGCUAUGAGACCUUAGUACCCCUUCCUGAGGAGAUCCAGGUCUCCCCUGGAGACACAGAAAUCCACCGGGUAGAGCCUGAAGAUGUUGCCAACCAUCUUACUGCCUUCCACUGGGAGCUGUUCCGAUGUGUGCAUGAGCUGGAGUUUGUGGACUACGUGUUCCAUGGGGAGCGUGGUCGCCGCGAGACGGCCAACUUGGAGUUGCUGCUGCAGCGCUGCAGCGAGGUCACCCACUGGGUGGCCACUGAGGUGCUGCUCUGUGAGGCUCCUGGCAAGCGGGUACAGCUGCUCAAGAAGUUCAUCAAGAUCGCCGCCAUCUGCAAGCAGAAUCAGGACCUACUGUCCUUCUACGCUGUGGUCAUGGGGCUGGACAAUGCUGCCGUCAGCCGCCUGCGGCUCACUUGGGAGAAGCUGCCAGGGAAAUUCAAGAACCUGUUCCGCAAAUUUGAGAACUUGACGGACCCCUGCCGGAACCAUAAGAGCUACAGAGAGAUCAUCUCCAAAAUGAAGCCUCCUGUGAUUCCCUUCGUACCCCUGAUCCUCAAAGACCUGACCUUCCUGCAUGAGGGGAGUAAGACCCUUGUGGAUGGUUUGGUGAACAUUGAGAAGUUGCAUUCCGUGGCUGAGAAAGUGAGGACAAUCCGAAAAUACCGCAGCCGGCCCCUCUGCCUGGACAUGGAGGCCUCUCCGCAUCACCUGCAGACCAAGGCCUACGUGCGCCAGUUCCAGGUCAUUGACAACCAGAAUCUCCUGUUCGAGCUCUCCUACAAGUUGGAGGCUAAUAGUCAGUGAGAGUGAAGGGGCCCAGUGCCCACCUCGGUCCUUGGCGCCUGGCACUCGAGCACUUUUCACAACCCCAUCUGGACAUCUUUUCCCUGGAGCAGCUUCCUAUCCUGCAAGGAGGAGUUGGGUUGACUAACCAGAAUGCAUAAGCCUGUCCAUCCUGCUGAGGUCCUCUUACCUUACUCCUUCAUACUCCUGGUUUCUGACCUCUCUGAGCAAGAGUAGGCGCAGCCCCAUGUUCUCCCAGUGAGGUCUGUUCCAGAGAUGGAGUUUUUAGACUCUGCUUCCCAAGAAGGAAGGAAGCGCCCCCUCCCUGAUUGCAGCUGUGGUGUGGAGGCACUGGAAGCCGCCUGCCCUGCCACCUGUUUGACUUCCUCCUGAUCAGGGCUGAGAUCCCUGGAUAUACACACACCCCCUAGACAGUGUGUGUGUGUGUGUGUGUGUGUGUGUGUGUGUGUGUGUGUGUGCCUGCCUGCCUGCCUGUCUCUGUCUGUCUGUGUGAUUUACAUGUCCCCUUUUAGAGAACAAAAGUGCAUCUGAUAAUGUAGGGAAAGUAUCACAGUGGUUUUUUUGUUUGUUUUUGAGGAUUCCCUUCUGUUUGGUGCUACACUUGUUGACUAUGUCUCCACUACUUCCUGCCCAACUCCACCUGUUGUCCUACAUGUGAAAACUGUGGGCCAACCUGUUCCUGAAGGCAGGGCAUAUCAGAAGGCAGGAGAGUUACCCAUCAGCCCCUGCAAAUCCCCUACUCAAGCUUCCCUAAGAUCUCUGGGUAUGUGCCAGUGAGAGGCUAAAAGAUGCUCAGGGAAACACAGGCUUAAGCUGCCUACAGGACCCUGCCUCUGCCUUACAGUGGGUGGAAUGCAGUGGUGUUAGGGGCACCUGUCCCCCUACCUCUGCUUUUGGGGGUGUCUCAUCCUUCCUCUGUCUCUGUGUCUGCCAUCAACUGCACAAUCUGUCCACGUGUCUUCAUACCCCCUCUGUCUUUCUAGAGAGUCAAAGGUGGAUCUCAGUACCUGGGGCAGCUAGCGCCUCCCUAAGUGGGGAGAAAAGGCAGCAGCUAUAAAAGCUGGGCUCCCGCAAGGCCUUUAUUACCUCUCUGUCACCCUUCUUCCCCCUUCUCGGGCUCCAGCGCUGAGGGGUUGCAGGGGUUCUUGGCAGCUACUGGAUGAGGUUUCCUGGCACAGCCUCACCCUCCUUCCUGGCCCUUCUGAAGAGGUAGCGGUGGCUGUGGCAGAAGUGAAAUCAGCUGCAGCUCUUGCUCCAGGGGGUGUAUAUAUUUUUACCCAAAGCUCUGGAAUUGUACAUUUAUUUUUUAAAACCCAAAGAGGGAAAGAUCCUUGUAUCAUAUGUAAAUAUUGUAGGUUAUGUUGUACAGCCCCUUUUAUACAGCAGUUCCUGACAAAAUAUCCACAGACAUACCAUACCACUCCCCCGAGCUGCUAGUGGUGAUGGUGACCAUGCCACCCCCCCAUAAUGGUGAUGGUGGCCACACCUCCCCACACUCUGCUUCUUCCACACAUCUGCUGGCUGCUCUUCCUGCAGCUCAGGCUUCCUGCCCCUCUUCAGUAACCCCUCAUCAGCCUUGUCUUGUUCCUUAGCCUCUAAGAACGCUGCCUCCCCCUCCCCUUGGCUGUUGCUUGCCUCUGGCUGUGAUGCUUGCCCCACUGCUUCUCAGGGGCCCCCACUCCCCAACCCUGUAGCUUUAAUGGAGUGAACUGUGUGUAUUGUACAGGCCCGCUUGUCAUUGAAGAAACUGCUGGAUAGAGGAAAUACACUAAAGUCUAUGAACCAA